CAGGUUUUGCCAUCGGAAGAAAUGUAACUACUGUAUAGUACAGGCCGGGAAUUUAAUUUUAUGACAGGAACUAAUGGUUUGUUAGGUAUUGAAUGCCCCCAAGCCUCGUGAAACACAAUGUAUAAUUGACCUAAACAACUACAUGAUACUAGUAAAGAAAGGCUUCUGUGUUAAAAAACUGAUUUUGUCGGAGGAUAUCUAGAAUCAUGCGGGAAAAACGGAGUAGCAAAUCUCGGGAUAUGCGGAAGGAUAUACUAAGAACUGAAAAGAAAAUACGGCGCAAAAAGGAACAAGAACGUUUGGAUAUGAAAUCGCGGCAACCUAAAAUGACUUAUCCUCAAAUGAUGCCAAAUAUGGCGUUUAAUAACAUCCCACCAAUUGUUCAAAAUAAAAACGAACCUCAGACUAAAGGUUCCUCGGAUAUGAAAUUAAAUUGGAAGCAGAUUACGUUUAUAGUUGUCUGCGUUGCCAUACUUAUUAUCUGCAUAGUAGGUGUCGCUGGAUACAUGGGAGUAAAGGAAAUGCAGUUUUCACAACUGCAAGGGGCUUUGUUUAGAGAGGUAAAGCAACCGGACGAAACGCCUCCUCCCAAAAAACCGAAACCAAAAUUGAGAAAAACAACAACAACGACGCCGAUACCGGAUAACGAAGAUUGGUUGAUAGUUAAUGAGACGGCAGAUGAAGAACGAGAAAGGAAAGGCGGUAUACAACCAACCGGUGAUUUUACCGAGAUUGCCUUGCGAUUACGCCAAAUGCGAUUUAAUCCCGCAUUUCGCAAUCCAGAAUCAAGAGGUUUCAAACAGCUCUCAAACAAUUUCUGCAGUAAGAUUGGAGAUGUAUACGCAUCCGCGGGUAUUGGCCAGGAUAUCAGAAAAUGCUGGGUGAUCACCUUACAAGAGGGGAGUGUUAUUGUUACAUUUGGUCUUGAAUUCAAUCGUCAGAUCCACUUCAAACAGCUGAUGGUUCCACUGAAACAGGCAGCAGCACGUAAAGGUGGAGUACUAAACAAGCUGAAGGUUUUCCCCAAUGAAAUCAUAAUACUGAGUCUGUAUGACGACCCUGAUAUAGCACCACCCACCAUCGCUACACAACCAACUACUACUACAACAGAGAUGCCGACGGAGAGCACAACGGAGAUGACAACGGUCCCCAAUACAACAACAAUUCCUCCCACUACAACACCUGAGCCAACUACAACAACAACCAGACCACCUGAUCCACCACUCCCUCUAUUGGGCCAGGGGCUUCGACUCACUGCUCAGAAGAAUCUCAGUCGCUCUGGGGCACCUCUAAGUCCUAUUCCGGACACUGAUUCAAGUUUUUGUGAAGAUCUUAUGGAUGGCUUGUAUACGAAUCCGAGCAACUGCAGUAAGUUUGUGGUAUGUAGAGGUGGAAAUGGGACUAUCCUAUCAUGUCCUGAUGAUGCCAAGAACUUCAAUCCACUCACUGGCGAAUGUGAUAAAGAAGAGUGCAUACCAAGCAGAAAGGCUUAUAGAAAAAUAUACUACGACUGUUUGAAGACUUUGGAGAGAAUCUAUCCUUUCAAGGAAAUGUGUGAACUUUACGUACAAUGCUACAAUAGGAGGGCAAUCCUAUUGAAAUGCCCGGAUGGACAAAGGUACGACAGAACUGAUUCAAAAUGUAAAUGGGCAGAAUAUGCGUUCUGCGGAAAAGCAGGGGAAAAGAAAAAAGAGAGCGGGUUGUGCAAAGGUGUGGAUGACGGCUUCUACCCACACGAGAGCGACUGCAACCAAUACUUCCAGUGCUCACUGGGGAACAGGUACAACUUCACCUGCGAUGAUGCUGAGGAUGGCGGUGACAUGGUAUUCGACCCUGUCGCCAAAGGUUGUAGAUUACGAAGAGAAGUCCCUGCUUGCUUUGAGGAGAAAGACAGAGCAUCAUUUUGUGAUGACAAACCAAACGGAUUUUAUGAACACAGGCGAUGUGAUUCAAUGAUCAGAUGUUAUAAGAAUGAACGCUUUGACGUGGAGUGUCCAGAAGACAUGGUAUACAACCCACUCAUACGCAAAUGCGAUAGUUUGAAAAACUAUGAGUGUAUCGGUGAUCAACCUGGCAAGCACAUCAACCCAUGCACGGGGAUUGAAAAGAAAUUCCUACCAAAACCUGGAAGUUGUAAAAAAUUCAUAAGAUGUCGCGCUGGUAUCGCUUCCACCCUAACCUGUGUUUUUCCAAUGAUAUUCUUACCAGGCAGGGCGCGGUGUGGCCCAGCCUCAGAGUACGACUGUCCUCACGACCCGAACGCCUUCCAUGCGGACGAGUACUGCGCUGGUCUUCCGGAUGGCUUGUACAAACAUCCGCUGGAUUGUAAUAAAUUCGUAAGAUGCCAUAAGGGCUCAACGAACCGGGCCUUGUUUUGUCCAAAUGGUGAGUACCAUUUCGACGCAGAUUUAGGACGUUGCAUUAUAACAGAGGAGUUUGAGUGUAAUCUCGAAGAUACUGAAGUUGAAGAGAGUCCAGUAAAGAAAUUCUGCGAGGAUAAACCGAAUGGUCUUUAUGUUCACCCAGAGAGUUGUCACAGAAUCAUACGAUGUGCUGCUGGCAACACAGGAAUCAUGUUCUGCCCAUCGCAUAAGCUCGUCUUCAAUCCAGGAAAGAAAAAGUGCGUUCCAAAAGGAAAGUACAAUUGUACGAUUGAUUCAGGGGCAGAUGCCUCAGAGGAGGCAUUUCUAAUUGCAAAGGGAUAAUAAUUUAUUAUGUAGAUGAACCAUCGUAAUUUAAGAGACAUCAACCCUUCGAAAGAUGUGAGACGUGUAAUAUUAUGAAGGGACUUUGAAAAACAGGACAAUAUUUUGCGAAUGUAAUUACUCAUAAGACUCAGAUUCAAUGUAAAGGAUUUAAUCAACCAUCUAGUAAAUCUAGGUGAAUAACCAAAGGAUUCGAAGGGGCCAACUGUUGACCUUGUUAGCAUCGAAACAUUGAAAUUGCCUUAAUUUUUUAUUGCCUUUAUCAACAAUGUUCAUGUUUUUAACACUACCUCAAUGUGAUUUUGUAAGACUUAUUCAAUAAUUUGCUUUGCCAAAUUAUUAUUCAAAACCGUAACUAUUUUAAUUGAUUGACGACUUUGAUGCUUAAGCAGUUGAUUUGAUAAGCCCAUCGUUAUAUUUGUAAUUAUGUAUAUCAUCAUAUUUAUAUAUCAUGUAAAUAGUGCGUUGCAAAAUUGUAAAGACAAACUGGACAAAAUAAAAUAUUAGAUAAAAGAGGAUGAAUUUUUUUGUCAAAAUACAGGUAGCAGGGUGCAUCUCAAAACAUUGUUUUUGAGGUGUUACCGAGUGGAAAUGUUCAUUAUAUUACUGGCAUCAUUUAGAAUAAUUUACACUUGUCUUAUUAUCUAGGGAAUAUCUAAAUACAAGUAUAUCGGGUGUCCCAAAGAAGGGAAUUGCUUUUUGACAAGUAUUUUCUCACCAAUUGAUGCAUCAAAUUUAUUGAAAAUUCUCAUAAAGUAGCCGUAUGGUAACAUUAGCAAAUUGAAAAAAUACAAAAGAGAUCAAUUACAUAUCAUACCAAAGUAAUGACAAAUUCAAAAAUUUAUGUAAACGAAUCCAAGUCAUUUUUGAACAUUCUUUGAACGAUCUGGAUUUUUCUCGCUUGUUUUUUUAAAAGGACAAUUAAUUUUUGAAUAAAAUCUGAUCAAAGUUUACAUUAUAUGAAAACUUGAUAAAACUGAAUGUGACCAUACUAUAAUAAUAAGUCAAAAUGGUGCUUACUUUCCACGAGGCCUCCAACGAUAUUAAGAGAUGCCAUAAUAAGACAAAUUAAACAUGCGAGUUUUUGCAUUUUCACCCUAAACUUAUAUUCAUUUAUUGAUGAACAACUCGAUUUAGAAUACAUGUACUAGUAGUCUAAUUUGUACAUGAGAGAUUGCAUGUUCUAAACAUCCUCUCU